CGUUAGGACAAAGCCAUAUUCAGGUUGGUAGCACAUUGCCCCCUCGCCUUCAUGUUAUUCACGAACAAUACAAUACCUUUAUCAACCACAUGAUUGAGUUUGCACAAUAGCUCUUAUGUGAAUGACAAAGAUCUUUCGAGUUGUGUCUGUCUCACUCGAGGCUUUGUGUGUGUGUUCUUAAUUGAAGGAAAACAAGGCAGUUGUGAUAUGGGCGAUUUUACUAAUUUAAAAAUAGUCUUAAACCAAGCAUUUGGACCAUCUUCGAUUUUUGAUCCAUAUCGAUCUUUUACUUCAUUCCUGCACAGAAACUUGUUCUGAGAUCUUAUCGGCUGGACCUAGUAACCAUCUCAUACACGUACAUACAAGCAAAUUUUUUCACGAUGUCUUUUGCAAAGAUGAUCAGCGUUGCCGGGCUUGUAGCCACGGUUAGCGCCCACAUGAAGAUGAAGAGCCCGGCUCCCUUCGACCCCUCGGCUCUCAAUAACAGCCCUCUCGACGCGAGCGGAAGCGACUUCCCCUGCAAGUUCGGCAAUGGAUACUCCGCCACCGGUGGUACCACGAACACCUACGAGCUUGGAUCCAAGCAGACGCUCUCUUUCGUCGGCCAAGCCACCCACGGAGGUGGUUCUUGCCAAGUUUCUAUCACCUACGACCAGAACCCCACCAAGGACAGCAAGUUUAAGGUCAUCCACUCGAUCGAGGGUGGCUGCCCUGCUAAGGGUGUCAGUGGAAACAUGGGAGACAGCGCCGAUGCUGACGACCCAUUCACCUACCCCUACACCAUCCCCAGCGACAUCCCAGCCGGUAAAGCAACCAUUGCUUGGACCUGGUUCAACAAGGUCGGCAACCGCGAGAUGUACAUGAACUGUGGUGCUCUAGAAUUGACAGGAACUGGAGGCGACCAAGCCAACUUCGACAAGCUUCCGGACAUGGUCGUCUUGAACAUUGGUGGACACCCUCAAACCCUUGAGUCGUCCGACUACGUUUUCGCCGACGCGGGUUCUUCGGUCGAGGACAACACCAGCGGUUCUCAAGUCGCUACCUGCUCGAACGAUGGUUGCACACAAGGAAACACUGCAGGAUCUGGUUCUUCGAACUCGGGAUCUUCUGGAUCUGAUUCUGGAUCGGGUUCUGGCUCUUCGGAGUCUAGCGCCGCUGCUCCCAGCCCUACCACCGCUCCCUCACCCACAUCUGCCGCCGGCGGUGUAUUCAUCACUGAACCUGCUGGUGGCUCCGACUCUGGAUCUGGAUCUUCCGCGACAACACCCGCUGCUGCUCCUUCGUCCGCUAGCUCAGCAGCGCAAGCCGACCCCCCUGCCGCCACACCCAGCUCCAGCACCGGAUCUGGAUCCUCAACUGGAUCUGGUUCUUCAGGUUCUGGAUCAUCCAGCGGCACUGGUCUUACAGGGGCCUGCUCACCUGAGGGAACAUACAACUGCCUGGGAACCACUUACCAGCAGUGCGCAUCAGGCCAAUGGUCCGUCGUGAUGCAGAUGGCCGCAGGCACAAACUGCAAGGCAGGACAAGGCACCAACCUUAACAUCGCUGCCGUUGCCGUCUCCGGCCGUAAGGCACGUGCCUUCCGUGCGUAAAUCGCCUAUUCAUUAAAAGGGGAAUUGGGAUAUCUGUUACGAUAGUAGGAUGAUGAAUAGCGAAGCGGCGUGGAUUUUAAGCGAAACGGAAAGGAUAUCUGACAUCACGGGGGCCAUUGGUUUUUUAUUUAUUCUCUAGGUCAGCUUUAGACCCUUGUAUCACCACAAUUUUUAUGUACAUACCUUUUCUUUUAUACCACAUACCCCAUGAGCAAUGGAAAGCCCGUCAUGAACCAAGAAAAUGAUAUUUCAGUGCAAGUGAUACGUAUUGCCUAUUAGUGAAUCUUGAGAAUUGUGAGAGUGCUCUAGUAAAUUUGGUGAUGCGUGAAGAAGAAUGUCCAGAGGC